GGCGUGUCGGCCCCCGGGCGCGGUGCAUGCUGGGCGAGAGGGCGCCGGCCACUGGUUUGGCUCCGCGCGUCUUUCGAGCUCCCCGGCGGUGAGCGGCCGGCAGGAUGGCUGAGCGGCCGGAGGACCUGAACCUGCCCAACGCGGUCAUCACGCGGAUCAUCAAGGAGGCGCUCCCGGACGGCGUGAACGUCUCGAAGGAAGCGCGGAGUGCCAUCUCCCGAGCGGCCAGCGUCUUCGUGCUCUAUGCCACCUCGUGCGCCAACAACUUUGCGAGGAAGGGGAAGAGAAAGACACUGAAUGCUGGAGAUGUUAUUUCUGCCAUGGAAGAGAUGGAAUUCCAGCGAUUCGUAGGACCUCUAAAGGAGUCCUUAGAAGCUUACAGGAAUGAGCAGAAAGGCAAAAGGGGAGUGACGGAGCUCAAGAAAAAAGACAGAGAGAAGAAGGAAGAUGCCGAAGACCCUGACAAGAAUCGGGAAGAGGAAGAAGAAAAUGAGGAGGAGGGAGAGAGGAUGGAGGAAGAGGAGGAGGAAGAGCAGCAGCAGAACGAGGAGGAGGAGGAAGAGGAGGAGGACGAGCAGCGGCGAAAUGAAGAGGAAGAAGGGGAGAGCUGAACUGUCCGGUGGGGGUGGAGGCAGUGAGGAGAGAAAGCCAACGGGAGGAAACACAACGGUCUCCUUUUUGUGCUGGAAAUGGCUCAGCUGUUCUGGGGGCACCUCAGGGAAACCCCUCCUUGCCUUUCUCUCCCCGGUUGGAAAGAAUGAAAGGGUGACAUCUCCACCGCUUCUUUCUGGGCAUGGAAAUGCUGCUUGAAAGGGGCGCUCCUUAUCUUUCCCUGCGGUGGUGCUGAUACUCUUCAUUUUGGCUUUAAAAGAGUCGGACUUUCUCCACUCAACGUGUUUUUCUUCAGCACUUCAUUGAAUGGGGUUUAAUUAAAAGUCACCUUUUGCAAAGCUGCUUUUACUCUUGGCUCGAUUUAUGCUCUGCUGAGCAGGAGGGAUUUUAUUCCUGAGCGUUUUAUUCCUGCCUAUUUCCUUCUGUAAUAAAACGGACAGUGAACGAAAAGUGGUUCCGGUUUGCUCCUGUUCCAUUCGUGCAACAAAAAAAGAGGACAAGUUAGUUAGAAAACCUUGAAGCCUUGCUGACUUCUGGAUGUUUUCCUCCCAUCAGCAAAUCACUUUUGCAGUCGGUCUUUCCUGCUGGGGUUGCAUUUCCAGUCUUCACUCCUAAAUGUGGACCAAAAUACCCUUCAGCUAAGAAAAGGCACUUUAGGCUAUAAAAAGCAAGUCAGCUGC